AUGGCAAUCGAGAGUGCAUGUGCCAUUGAAGCCAUUCUGCGGGAGUUCAAAGGCCCAGCCGGUCUUGAUGUUGAUGGUAUCCCAUUGUUCAAGUCGGCUGAAGCUGUCGAUGCUCACUGGGUCAUUGCCAGUAAACAUCUGAGUUGUAUGCAGGAUCCACCAGGCAUUCAGCUCUAUGUUGCCACCAAGGUAGUGACUAUAAAUGGAGUUCAGCUCAACAAAUACCGGUGUCGUAGAGGCAGCAACUCCCUGGAAGGACUCCACUCCCACAUGUACAAUGCAGUUCCAUCACAGCGAUGUGGAAUCAUGCCUUUCCAGGUAUACCUGAUAUCUUUUGCAGUCCAGUGGAACAACCGGAUGGAAUCACUGAGGGUAGCAGGUGGGCAGGGGCGACUGACGUCAUGCAUGGACCCAAGACAAAUCCAGCGGCUCAAUCAGCAAGCUGAGAUCUUGUUUGGGAAAGAGCAUUUAUUUGAGCCAAACUUUUCGGCUCCUAUGCCUUUCCCCGACAAAUACGAAGACCCAGAAGAAGAGGAGCUGUUGGGAGUCGAGUAUGCAUACUGCCAAUCUACAGACUUCUCUUCCAAAGAAUAUUACGCUCACAAAGUUGAAGAGGAACAGUCCAGGGAUGAUGAGCAGGAUAGCCAUGACAGCGAGUCCGAGGAUGAGGGUAUUGAAGAAGACUCGGAGGGCAAUGAAAACACGGUGGAUCCAAUCGACUGUUUGAGUGCCCCACAUGCUGUUGUCAUCAAAGAAGAGAACGUCACUGAGGAGGUGAGUCCAAUGUUGCAGGAUGUGCUAAUGAAACCCAGCCAUCUCCAUCUUCCCGGCUUUGAAGAAGUGGAACAGCUUGCUCUUCUGCUACUCCAGCUUUCAGAUGAUGGUGACCAUCACAUUAUUCCUGUCCCUCUCAGACAUAAGAUAGCAGCAGCUGCUGGGAAACUUCAUGACCACGAUAAAUCUGCCAGAAACUUCGUCAAAAAGUAUGAAUCAAAGUGGGGUUACACACUGUUCGGCCGAUGUCUUGGUGCAGACACUUCCGACAACAGUGCAGCCCAGAAGACCAAAUUUGGAUGGAUGAAGUAUGCCCAGGCCGUACCAAUAACCGAUGAGUCACGGCUCCUCUACAUUCUCGUGAAGAUGUUGAAGAACAGGCCAAAGGCAAUGACCCAGUCCUCCCCCUCAAAAACAGCCAGUUUAAUUAAAGGGCAGUAUAAGAGAAUUGUAGACCGAGUCAGAGAUGACCCAGUUCUCUCUCAGCUUAAUGUUCCACUGCCCAACAUUAAUGCCAAGUCCAUUACAACCUUUUUGAGCAAGGAAGAAAAAAGGGCUAACUACUUGGCAACAACUGUCCCUAAAGUUCCAUCACACCGAAGGGUGAUUUCAGAAGAAACGCUGCCUGCAGCACCUACCCUCCCUAAGUCACUUCCAGCACCAGCGAGAGCCGAAGUACAGUACUCAAAUGCACUACAUAAAUCCGGGAAGAGGCGAGGUGAAAAGAGGCGUCUAGAUUUUGAUGAUCACGAGGAGCCACAACCCAAAACAUCAUUCAUGGAGCCCAAGCAGUCACCACUCCAUCCCAAAGCCUCUAGCAUACCCAUUCUGAUGGUGGUCCCCUCACAGCCGAGUUCACAAUCUGUUUGUCUUCAGCAACCAUCAGCCAGUAUGCCUUUUAGAUUUCAAUCCCCGGCACCACCACCAAGGCCACCAAAACGAUUCCUUCCAAAUCCAUCAAGAAAACCAUGCACUGCCUGUAACAUACCAUUUUGUGGUGGACUUCGAAAGCGCUACACACCAUCAAAGGACAAGACAGAAGGCAGCAAGCAGAAAAUCUUCACCUUCUGCCCCACAACCAAAAGGUCCCCAACUCCAGGCUUUGAGAGGAUGUUUGACGACUACGACCAUUUUAAGAGAGUUGUAGAUGAAGAGCUGCAGAAGAGGAAAGACAAGUAAAACUGAAAAGUUUAUGUAAUCAUCCCAAGAAUACUGGUUGGUAUUUUGGAAAGACAAUAAUUUGGUUUCAAAUUUUAUGCUUUUGCAUUUUUCAAUACAUGUACAUGUAUUACUGUUUUUUCCAGUAUUGCCCAAGCAGUGGCAAACAUUCUCAGGUUUGGUCAAAGUAGCACUGCUUUGAACUGUUACCUCAUUGUAUUUUUUUUAAUGUAAAAGGAAACUGUGACCGUCAUUUUAAUGAAGCAAAAACUGUUUGAUUGAAAUGUACACGCAUAUGCAUUCAGUAUUCUAUCCAUUUGUCAGUGUAAUGGCAGAUAUUCUACAUUACUUUUAUUUAAAGACAUCAACAGGGUGCUUUUAAGUAUGCCUUACUUUGCUGCGGUGUCAUGUAUUGACCCAAAAUAUGUUUUCUUGCCCAUUUUUGCCAGACUGAUGAUAUUAGAUGAUUUACGAUUUUAUUCUACUGUGUGUCAUCGAGGAUAUCAUGCUUGUAUUAUCAAAAAUACGAAAAAUGCAUCAUGCAUUUGCCUUCAGGCAUCAAAUAUAUUUGACUGUAAUAUUUAUGAACUGUAAAACACUGUCAAAGUAUAAUAGGUUAACUUUUGCGUAUAUCACUCCACAGGUUUCAAAUGAUUUGUUUUAUCAAUGGGCAUGUGUCAUAACAUGCAGUUAUCUUUUUUACACUUGCGGAAGGAUUUGCUAGUUUUAUCCUUUUUCAAGUUCUUUGAUAAUUCUUGAGUCAUUUUAUGCAUCUACAGUGGAUUCUUGCCAUUGUUACACAGAAACUGAAAAACAAGAAAAUUAAGAAGCUACCAAAACCUA